CCCUACUGUACUGACCGUUUUCCCGUUGUCCGUCCCAUCGAUGUUUGCUAGCCAACUAUUUAUUUAGCUAGCUAGUUAACCUUACAUUAGCUCGCUUUAUCAGAGCGAACACUAACGUCAGUUUAUCAGAAACGUGUCAUGAUCACGCCCGAACAGUUGGAAAGAUGAUUGCAGACGACAGUUUUCGCUUUUACAUACUACUCUCUGUCCUGUAACGUUAGCUAACUAGCUAGCAAAUAUUUAUAAUGACAAACAUAUGUGAUAGUCCCUGUCUCUCAUACUCAUUGAGCGUGUCAGAUGAAAAUGGUUGAGUAUAAAGUACUAGUGUCUUUCUAAUCCUAUGUAUCCCACUUGCAUAUAAUUCACUGGGAUAAGGAUAUCAUGGGAGGUGUGAAGCAGGAGCAGAAUGAUGGACCACCACCAAGAGGCAUGCCGUCCUCUGAUGCAGCACACGAAGAGCAUAUCCGUUCUCUUUCUGUACAGCCUGUGAAGAAGAGGGGUUGGCCAAAGGGUAAGAAGAGAAAGAAGGUUUUGCCCAACGGUCCCAAGGCACCAGUGACUGGAUAUGUGCGCUUUCUGAAUGAACGACGAGAGCAGAUCCGUGCCAAGUACCCUGACCUGCCCUUUCCAGAAAUUACCAAGAGGUUGGGCGCAGAGUGGAGCUGCUUAGCACCUAAUGACAAACAGCGCUUCCUGGAUGAGGCGGAGCGAGAAAAGCUGCAGUAUGCCCGGGAGCUGAGAGAAUACCAACAGAGUGAGGCCUAUCAGAUCACCAGUGCCAAGAUCCAGGACAAGAAGGUCAAGAGAGAGGAGUCUCCAUCUGUCAUUAUCAAUGCCAACAGUUCUGGAUCAGCUGCUCUGAAGGGUUCAGACUACCUGUCCAACAGAUUUGAUGUUCCAAUAUUCACAGAGGAGUUCCUGGACCAGAACAAGGCCCGGGAAGCAGAGCUGCGGCGUCUACGCAAAGCCAACGUUGAGUUUGAGGAGCAGAACGCCGUGCUGCAGAAGCACAUAGCAGACAUGUACAGCGCCAAAGAGAGGCUUGAAGCUGAACUGGGGCAGGAUGAGCUCCGGACGCAGGCCUUACACAGGCACCUGCUGGCCAUCAAACACACCCUCGUCAGCAGUCUGUCCACCGUGGCCCUGCCAGGCACAGGUGAGACCCCCUCUCUUGGUACCCUGGACUCUUACCUGAGUCGCCUGAGUGGUACUCUGGAGAGCAACCCUCAUGAGCACCGUGCCUUGCUGACUCAGCUUCGCGAUGUCCUUUCUCACCUGGACAGUGAGAAGCUAUGAUGGGACCUCCACACCCAUUCUGACUUGAUGUGGAUCCUGGAUGGUAUAACAACAGGUCAUAUCGGUGCCCUUCAGUGUAGUCAUGGGAUAGAUAGGAUGUCUUUCUGAUGUAACAGACAAAUUACAAACUGAUAAAACACAAGGCUUAGUCUAUAUAGCAUUACUCUGUGGUAUACAGAGUAAUAUAUAAAUGGAUUAAAUAAAUAGAAUUCCUCAGCAAUCCCCACACCCCCUAAUUGCAAGGUGAGGUUCUAGAAUUUUUUGCAAAUGUAUAUAAAAAAAAGAUACCUUAUUUACAUAUGUAUUCAGACCCUUUGCUAUGAGACUUGAAAUUGAGCUCCGGUUUUUCCUGU